AUGAAUGAAACACAUGGCAAAUUCGUAUCUAAUAUCCAGCAACAAAGUAUUGAACAAAAGAAUCGAGAAUUAAAGGAACAAGAAGAAUUUGAAAAGAGGCAAAAGGUUCUUGAAUUUAAAAAAGCCCAAGAAGUUAUCGCAGUUGAAAAUGAUGCCGAAAUUGAUGAAAAAAUUAAUAAGCAAUUAACAGAUAGCUGGUCAUUAGUCGUUACAAGAUUCCAAAGACAGUUCGAAGAAUCAAAAGAUCUUAGAAUUGAUCUUGCAGGACCAGAAGUUUACGAAGAACAAGAAAAUGAUGAUCAUCGCGUAAAGUUCUUGAAAGGAAUAUUCAAAGAAUGGCGUUAUAGAUUGAAUGAACUUCCAGAUGAAGAACUAGCUCAGAAAAGAGAUGAGUUAUGCAAUAUGUGGUAUUGUUUAUUUGCAUUACAGCCAGUGUUUGAUGGUCUAAACAAUAGAACAUUAAGCACAGAAUUAACAGUUAAUAUUGAAAGAAUCGUUGAUGCAUUGAAGAAAACAGAUUUUAGUAAAGCCUACGGUGCAUACAAUGAUUUAGCCAUUGGAAAUAAUGUAUGGCCAAUAGGUGUUACUCAAUAUUCAAUUCAUUGGAAAUUUUCAAUGGAUCUUAUGGAUUCCAAAAAUGUUCUUCAUAUUUUUAAUAGUGAAGCUGGUAGAAAUGCUGUCUUAUCUCUACGGAGAUUCAUUAAUAUAUACAAGCAGAUUCAUAAUCCUGAAAAUGCGAAUAAACCUAUAUCAAUAAUUUAA